CGCCAUUUUUGCAAAGGGAAAGAGACAGGAAAGAGCGGAUCUAGUUUCCAACAGUCACCACAGACAGGACAGAGGAUUAAAGCCUUUGAAACAGGCUAAAACUGCAAAUACUGGAGUCAGGAUAGUGCUAGGAAUUAGGAGAAGUAGUAGGGUAGAUUUUCUAGGGGGAGGACAGUGUUAAAGUUCACAUUUCCCCUUUGUUGAGGACACGCAGUGAAGACAGUAGUAUUGUUUUGGUUGUGUGGAGGCACGGACGGCGGGGGUCUCACCCGGGUCCCCUGUUCCUUUACAUACACUAUCUACUGUGGACAUUAAAGGCUUGGUGGAUGCACUUAGAUGUGUGCAAUGAGUGCUGUGGCUGGCGCGCCCCGGUGUUUCGGAUCCCCCCGCUCUGCACUCCGUAGGAGAACGUGAUGAGCACGGCCGUCCCAGGAGGGGUGCGCUCCACGGACACCUCGUCUCUGGACAUGGCUGCGGGCUCAGACAGGCCUGAGUCAGUAGAGGCCUUCCCUGUAGUUGUGGAGAAGUCCGGCUACCAGAUCUGCAGCAGCAGCUCCAGUUACUCACACAACUAUAUCGGCCUGCCCUAUGCAGACCACAACUAUGGCGCUCGGCCCCCGCCCACGCCGCCCGCCUCGCCCCCGCCCACCCUUCUGCUCCGGGGCGGGGAGGGGCUGUUCGCGCCGGCCAAUCAGGACGAGGCGUCGCGCGGCACCUCCUUCAGCACCUCGGAGGACAGCAGCUACGGGGCCGACAUCACGCGCUGCAUCUGCGGCUUCACCCACGACGACGGAUACAUGAUCUGCUGCGACCGCUGCAGUGUGUGGCAGCACAUAGACUGCAUGGGCAUAGACAGGCAACACAUCCCCGACACGUACCUGUGCGAGCGCUGCCAGCCGCGCUGCCUGGACAGAGAACGCGCCGUCCUGCUGCAGACCAGGAAGAGGGAGAGCCUGUCCGACGGGGACACCAGUGCCACAGAGAGUGGGGAUGAGAUUCCCCUGGAGCUGUACACAGCGUUCCAGCACGCGCCCCCCAGCAUCACCCUCACCGCCACGCGGACCCCCAGCAAACCCGUCGACAAGAAGCGCAAGAAGAGCGGCGACAAGGAGCCCGGGCCUGGCCCCGCCCGAGCCAAGAAGGCGUUUCGUGAGGGGUCCCGGAAGUCAUCCAGAGUCAAGGGCUCUGCUCCGGAGCUGGACCCCACGGACCCCCCCUCCCCGUGGGAGAGUAAGAUGAGGGUGUGGAUGGAGCAAUAUGAGGAGGCCAAGAGCAACCAGUACAGCGAGGACAUGCAGCUGCUCCUCAGAGUCAAGGAGACCAGAGACGCCAAGAGCCUCACCUGCAGCACACACACUGCUGCCUUCAAGCCCCCUGCACAGAGUCAGGUGCAGAGGAACAGGAGGAUUCUGAGGGCGGUCUGUGACCUGGCCCCUAACGCCCUCAUCAUGGAGUAUCGGGGGAAGUUCAUGCUACGCCAGCAGUUUGAAGCCAACGGCUGUUUCUUCAAGAGGCCGUACCCCUUCGUGCUCUUCUACUCCAAGUUCCACGGGCUGGAGGUGUGUGUGGACGCCCGCAGCUUCGGGAACGAGGCCCGCUUCGUCCGCCGCUCCUGCACCCCCAACGCCGAGGUGCGUCAUGUGAUCGAGGACGGCACACUGCGCCUGUACAUCUACUCUGUGAGGCACAUCGGCAAGGGCAGCGAGGUCACCAUCGGCUUUGACUACGACUACGGCAACUGUAAGUACCAGGUGGACUGUGCGUGUCUGAGGGGGAGCCCGCACUGCCCGGUUCUGAGGCAGAGCGCGGAGCCCACGGAGAACCUGGGUUCGGGGAACGACGCGCGGCGCCGCCGGGCCAGCAGAGACAGGGUCCCGUCCCGGGAGGGCGAGGCCACGCAGAACCAGAACAUCACCCUGGACUGCGACAUCGCCAACGGCAACGCCAAGGGCAAGGCCCCCUCCGACGCCAAGCACAGGAGACUGUCCCCGCUCCGCCUGUCCAUCUCAAACAACCAGGAGCCUGAGUUAAUAGAGGAUAUGGAAGAGCAGAGCUCCAUUAGCAAUGACCUAGAGAUGGAGUCAGAGGAGCAGGCUGCCGAGAGGAGGAGGAAGAUGACGCGGGAGGAGAGGAAGAUGGAGGCCAUCCUGCAGGCGUUCGCUCGCAUGGAGAAGAGGGAGAAGAGGCGGGAGCAGGCCCUGGAGAGGAUCGGCACCAAGACCGACCUGAAGGAGGAGCCCCCCGCCACGCCCGAAAUGGAGAGCCCAGCCGCGCUGCAGCCGGCGCUGGAGGCGCUGAAGGAGGAGCCGGUGCCGGUGGCGGUGUCCAUGGCGGCGAAGGUGAGCCGGGCGCGGCAGCGUAAGAGCCUGUCGCGGAGCCGCACGCACGUGGGGCAGCAGCGCCGCCGCACACGCAGCCUGAGCGUGUGCUCCGAGCCGCCGCCCGCCUCGCCCGGAGACCCCGCCCCCCGCCCCCGCCCCGCCGCCGAGCCGCCGGACGCCCAGCCGCCCGCCACGCCCGAGCCCGAGGCCCCGCCCGCCCACACCUACACCCACGACCCCAACGCCACCCCGCCCCACAGCGGGUCCCCGGCGCCCCCCUGCCGCUCCGCACACAGAUACCCCAAAACCAAGAAGCACUUGGUGAGCGAGUGGCUGGGCGAGAGGCCGGAGGAGCCGGCUCCGGAGCGCCCCCUGCGGGUGAGCAGCGACCCCGAGGUGCUGGCCACGCAGCUGAACGCGCUGCCGGGCCUGGGCUGCAGCCCGCAGGUGUACGGCACGCCCAAGCACUACGUGCGCUUCUCCUCGCCCUUCCUGGGUCCCCGCGGCAACCCCGGCCCCGCCUCCACGCCCGCCACGCCCGCCCCGCCCACCGGGCGCCGCCGCUCCCGCGAGCUGCCUGAGACCCCGCCCACCUCCGGCUCCUGCAAGAAGCGCUGGCUCAGACAGGCUCUGGAGGAGGAGAGCUCCCCCAGGCACCCGGGCCUGACCUCCCCCAGCGAGGGGCCCCUCAGCCCCUGCCUGAACGGGGACCCACACAGCCCCCUGCCCUACAGCGCAGGCUGCACUUUACCAGAGCUCCCUGCCCCUCUGAAGAAGCGGCGCUUGUCCCCGCUGGACUCCUGUGUGUCUGAGGGCUCCACGCCCUAUGGCUCGCCCUGCGCCACGCCCUGCGCCACGCCCUGCGCCACGCCUUGUGCCACGCCCUGCGCCACGCCCACACGCAGCGAGGUGCCAGACACGCCCGGGACGCCCCUCCCCCUGGCCACCCCGCCCCGCCCCCGUGCAGAGGAACAGGGCUCUGACCCCGCCCCCUCUACUCCUACACACACACCCCAGGCACCUCUCCAUGCUGUCCUGCAGGAGAGCGAGUCCUCUCCAGAAAUCUCCCCUGAGGAGAGUCACAGGCCCGACAGCUCAGAGGGCGAGUGCCCCCCCGCGCUGCUCUCCUCCCCCCAUGCUCAGAGGCCCGGCCUGGACACGCCUCCCCAGGAGACGAGGCCGGUGAGCAUGCCCAGUCCCCGCCCACCCCAGCCCCAACCCCAGGAGUGCGGGGAGGAUGAGGCGGGGGAGGAGGGGCCAGACGACGGUGCCGACGCCCCCCUCACGGACCCGCCCACCCCCUCCUACCCGUCCUGGACCACGAGCCCCUCCCUAAACUCCAACCUGCGGGACCUGACGCCCUCCCACACCCUGGACCAGGGGCUGCCCUGCUGCCCCCCCUCUGAGGACCCCCGCGCCCUGGGAGGGGAUGGGACAGAGGGGGGCAUCGGGGGCUUACACACACCCCCUCAGAAGAAGAAGGUGUCCCUGCUGGAGUACAGGAAGCGGCAGAGAGAGGCUCGGAGGAGCGGCUCCAAUCCCGAGUGCAGCUCUCCCAUCUCCACAGCGCCUCCUCUGGCCAGACUGGGCAGCGCAGCUCUGGAGGACAGCCCUGUUGCCAUGGAGACUGCCCCAGAGCCCCACGCCCACACAAGCAGGGCAGCCUCUGAGGCCCCCCACCCCUGUGAGGUCACAGAGACCCCCCCGCAGGGCGAGAGAGAGGGGGGAGAGGGACAGUGGACAUCGUCCACAUCAGUAGAGGAGGCGAGAGAGCGCAGCUACCAGCGCAGCCUGCAGUUUACUGACCACCACAAGGACACAGCCGUGCUCUCUUGAUGCUGGUCCAGUGUCAGAAGAGGACAGCGCCCCCUGUGUCCUACCCUCCGUCCAGCAGCCCAGCGUGGCCCCACUGACCCCCACUAUAGCCCAG